AAUGCACCCGAGGAGAACCCUGACCUACUUUGAGACAGCUUUUAGCAAUGAAAAGUGAGCCUGACAGUCGCACCAGAAGAAUUUCCUCCAGGGGUUUUUCUUCCUUGCCUCACUGCCAAAUAGGGUGGCAGUCUGCCUGGUUGCCACGCCUCUUGAAGAUGACAACGCCAGUACACCUGGAUCCCUCUGCAAGUCCGAGGCACGGAAGCGACCGACCAUGUUCCAACAAACGGCACAGACCACCAUCCCUGCUUUCUUGACGAGGAGGAAAACGGGACGCUCGGACUUUCACCGGACAUGUCGCCUGGACGCGGGGAAACCGCAGGGUUACCUCCACGUCGUCGGCACCACUUUGGAGGCGAACCUGGACAGGGCUGCCCCCGCCAGCUCCAGGUUCUUCUCUGUGAAGUGCACUCCGACUGUUCAGUACAGCAUCAGCCCCCAGCCCCAGCAGCCGUCGCACCUCGCCCCCAUCCCUCUCAAUGGACACUCGCUGCUGCUCAUCACCAUGAGCCGCGCCAGUGAACAUCAAAAUGAAAGCAAGCUGGCUGUCCAGUACUAUGGGGAGAAAAAGGAGCUCUUGGGAAGAGCACUCUUGCACCUGAUAGCUGUUGAGAUCUCUCUGGAUGUGGAUGCUGACAGAGACGGUGUCGUGGACAAAAACAACCCUAAUAAGGGCGUCUGGAAAUGGGGUCCUGACGGGCACGGAGCCAUCCUACUGGUCAACUGUGACUCAGAGCGCCGCUUCUGGAAGAAACAGGACUCUGAGCAGGACUACAUCUCCAAAGUGUCAGAUCUGAAGGACAUGUCCGUCAUGGUGCUGCGGACCAAGGGCCCCGCCACGCUCCCAGAGGGCUACAAGCUCACCAUGCACAUCUCCCAGGGCCACGCAGACAGAGUGAGAGUCUUCAGGUCCAAAAGCCCCGUGGACAAAAACGCCACUCCGGGGAACUUCGUCUUCACGUCCCCAAUGACGAACUAUCCGCUGGUGCUCAGCAGCAAGGUCCUGUCACAGGAAGUGCCUUACCUCGGGGGCGAAACGGAGAUGAACUUUUAUGUGGAGGCCCUCAGGUUUCCUGACAAGGACUUUGAUGGCCUCAUCAGCAUCAACCUCAGUGUAUUGGAGCCCAUCUGUAAAGGGAUCCCUGAGACGCCCAUUUUCACAGACAAAGUGGAGUUCAGAGUGGCUCCCUGGAUCAUGACACCCAACACCUUGAACCCUUUGGAGGUGCUUGUGUGCAGCACGUCCGAUAACUACAAGUUCCUGAAAGGAAUGCGGAGCCUCGUCGCGGAGAGCGGGUACAAGCUGAAGAUUUGCCACGAGUACGUGAACAGAGGAGAUCGUUGGAUGCAGGACGAACUGGAGUUUGGUUACAUUGACUCGCCUCAUCAGCGGUUCCCCGUUGUUCUGGAUUCCCCCCGAGAUGGAAAACUCCAGGACUUUCCAUAUGAUGAGCUGCUGGGGCCCGACUUCGGCUAUGUGACGAGGGUGGCCGAGAGGGAGGACGUGAGCAGUCUGGACUCAUUCGGUAAUCUGGAGGUUAGUCCUCCGGUUACUGUGAAUGGAAGAAACUACCCCCUGGGCAGAAUCAUCAUUGGAGUGGCCUUCCCCACGGCAACCAAAGGACGCAACAUGACCAAAGUAGUCCAAGACUUCCUGUGGGCCCAGAAGGUCCAGGAGCCCAUCGCCCUGUUUUCCGACUGGCUCGUUGUCGGCCACGUAGACGAAUUCAUGACUUUCGUUCCUGCGCCAGACAGAAAGCGCUUCCGCCUGCUGCUCGCCAGCCCAGACGCAGGCUACAAGCUAUUCAGAGGCUUGCGGAACAGCGGCCACGGACAAGCAAAGCUGUUUGAGGGUCUGGACGACGGAGAAGCAACAACGGUGGACGAUAUUCUUGGUGACGGCGGUCUGAAGACUCAAAAUAACUACGUACAGAGCUGCAUCGACUGGAACAGGGACGUGCUGAAGAGAGAGCUGGGCCUGGACGAGGAGGACAUCAUUGACCUGCCCAUCCUUUUCAAGUUGGUGAAGGGGGAGAAAAGUGAAGAGCUCAGAGCGGUGGCGUACUACCCCGACCUGGUGAACAUGAUUGUUCUGGGGAAAAACCUCGGCAUCCCGAAGCCCUUCGGCCCCAAGGUGAACGGCCGCUGCGCGCUGGAGGCGGAGAUGUGCUCCCUGAUGGAGGGCCUGGACCUCCGCUGCACGUUCAUCGACAACUACGCCUCCUACCACAAGCUGCUGGGCGAGGUGCACUGCGGCUCCAACGUCCGCAGGGAGCCCUUCGACUUCAAGUGGUGGAACCUGGAGAUGUGAGCGGAGAAGGAAACCGAGCAGUGGCCGGAGAGAGGGGGAAGAGGCUUAUAUACCCGCGUUCGCUUUCUUUUGCUUUGGUUACCAACCGCUUUGCAUCAAUCACAAACAGUCAUUUAGCAAAAAAUUAACCGACAGGUUUUGAUUUGACAUUUUUAUCGACUUCAUUUACAAAAAAAAGGAUGUAAAGCAAUAUUUACAAAUCUUUUGAACAAGGGCCUUAGCAGACUGUCGACGAGAACAGAGUUACAAUCAUUUGAAUCGAGCACAUAGAAGAUUCACUCCCGACCUUGUGGUUUGGAUCGACGUCAGCGUAGCACAGUGUAAGCACAUUUAGAUGAAUGGUUCCACAUACUGAUGUGCUAUAAUAUUACAUCGCCACGAGGGGGCGCACUUCAUCUACUCAAGCGGUCCCUUAGUCUAGAGGAGACUCUUUUGAUUUCAUACAUUUUGAAUCAAUCAUAAUACACUAAUCAUCACCAAAAUGUCUUUUUUUUGUCUCUAUGCCUUUUUUUUCUUCCUGUAGAGUCAAAUGAAAAAUGUUCCUUGCAAUUUUUUCUGCCUUAAACGUAUUUGGUCCAGGGUCUUAAACCGUCGUACUUCCACAAACUGUAAAUGCUGUCGUCAAUUAAAUAAGGACAAUAAAUCUCACGUCUGCUUCAGUUACAUAACUGAAAUAAAA